CUUCGCUCCGGCGGAAUUUCCUUUACAUUGGGAUGUUGUUUUUCUCUCAACACUGCGUGAGGUGUAGGAUGACGUUGCCGGGAUUCCAGAGGCAGUUUGCCAUACUUUCCGCACCGCGUUUCACCGAUUUCGGCGGGCUGGCGCUUCUUGCCUGUAAGUCUGGUAUAGAACCCCUGUUUCUCAACCGAAUUCUCAGGUCUGAGACCUUUUCUUUCGUCCUUCUCUCACGGCAGAAACGGCGUCCGUAGGGCCGCUACAUCGUGUGCGCAUCUCGCUGCAUGCGUUCGUCUCUCGAAUCUUCGUUUUCAACUCCUGUCGCGACCUUGAAACGCAGAACUGUCGCCGCUCUUGCCCUUUUCUUCCUUCGUUAUUUGUUUACGCCUGGUGGCGCCGUAAAGGUCCUUCCUGUUUCCUUCUCAGGCCCGCUUCCCGUUUCGUUUUCCGGUCAAAGUUGCGGAGACGGCGGACCCAAGAACCGCCUGGCUGUCCAGUCUCGCUUGCUACCGCGUCUUUCUGGAAUUUUGCUCUCCACACGAACGUUUCAAGCGACUCCCCAUCCCUUCACAACCACAUUCACCGAAAACUUCUUCCGACCAUCCGUUUUUGUGUCGAAGCCUCGUUUCUUCGCUGACACUCGCGUCAAAACCCACGCUGGGCCGCAUAUUGGGGUCGCGUAGACUAGGACAAUGUGCCUGGACCUCCCGGCACCGGCGAGUCUCUCCAACUCGACUCUCGAGGGAGAGGAGCUGGUCGAAGCCGACUGCAAGGGACCUCUUCGCCAGUUCAUUCUUGAAACAGGCUCUUUUCUCUUGAAAAGUCUCGAGCGGUUCGAAGAAACCCCCACACGAUGAACGCAGAACGACAGGCUGCGCCUUCAGGGGCGCCAGCGCACUCGGCAGACCCCUCCGGUCGUCUGUCUGUGGCUGCAGCGUCUGCGUUCCCAACGUACCCUCCCUUCUCGAAUUUGACAUCCCCAGGACACCCCGUGCAUCUUGUCGGCUCGACGCCGGCCGCCAACGCCUCCUUUCCUCAUCGUCUUCCGUUCUCAACCUCCGUCGCCUCCGCCUCCUACGCCGCCUCUCUCUCCUUUGCGGCACCCUUUCUCGCUCCAGGUCCAGCCCAGGCCCCUGGGAUCUCAGGACAGGUUCUUGGGAUCUCUGGACAGGCCCCCGUGGUUCCUGGACAGGCCCCCGUGGUUCCUGGGCAGGCCCCUGGGGCACCCCACAGUGGCUCCAGACCCCCCGCGGGUUUCGGGCCUGGUGGGGCGCCCCUGAGGCCCGGUGUGGGGCCUCUGUACCUGAAGGACGGGGCGCCGCGGCCGGGGCUCGGCGCCGAGGCUUUGGCGGAGAAGGAGGGCGCUUCGGGCGCGGGGCGGCGGGACCUGGGGCGCCUCGCGUUCGACAGUCAGUUGGAGGCCCAACGCAUGCAGACGGCCUCUGCCGCUUCGGCCCUGCUGCGGCAAGGGUACGUCUCGUCUGUCUCGACAGUCCCUCUCUCUCCAGAGCAGAUUGAAGCUGCCGCGAGGUCUGCUGCCGGAGACCUGGAGGCCGCUUCGCCGCUCUCUGGGGUCCAGAGCCGGCUCCGACCUGCCGUGGCGCAAACAUUCUCCCCGUCGUCGGCUCUUCCGCCGGCUUCUCGCGGGCCCGCGGGGCCUGCUGCUCCUGGAUUUCUGGACGUUGCGAGCAGUUCUUCUCACCCGACCGCUGCAUGGUCUUCCUCGUCGACGCCUGCGCUCGCGCCGUCAUCGUCCACUCGCGCCCGGGCGGCGGCCGCGCCGCCCCUGGACCUGUCUCCGGUGUCUCCGCUGUGUCCCGCGGGGCCCUCGUCGACCCCACAGGAGCUUCUGGACCUGCUGUACCCGGCCGUCAGUGCGAUGCCGUGGCACAGCGCGUCAGCCAAGUCGUUCGCCGCAUCGCAUGCAGCGGCUUCGCUCUCCUCGCGGCGCCUCCCGACGCAAAAGAUUGGCGCGACUGCCAGAGAGCAGUCUUGCAAUGCCUCGCCCGGCUCGGCAGCCUCUCCCCACUUCCAACAGCUGCGCUGCGGCCUCGUGGUGACGCAAGUCGACCAACGCGAUCUGUGGAGGCGGCCUCGCGAGGGGACCCUCGAGGCCCAGGCCCCGGAUGCAAGCCCCAACUGCAUGCGCGAGCCAGGCGCAGGGUCCGAGAGCGAAGAGGACAUGGUUUCUGAGGACCGCGAGAGCCGGCAAGACGAGGGCCUGUGGGUGGAGCGCGAAGGCGGCGACCCCGCCGUGUGUUCAGGUCAAGACGCCGAGGCAUCUGUGGGGCGGGGACACAAGGCCCUCGGGAGGGGAGAAGGGACUCUUUUCGAAAGCAGGGUAAAGUGUCAAGAUUUCGUCGAAGAGACACUGGAGCAGGUGUAUUUACUGCGCGAAUUCGGGGGCAUCUUCUCCGUCGCGCGGGAGAGACCCGAGUCUCUCACUCUUUUCGGCUGUCUCGGCAAGGCAUGUCAGUUCGCGCCGUCCCCGUCUGUCUCCGCCGGGGUGUCUCCAGAGGACUUCGCGUCUGUCCUCUUCGCACCGGCACCCGCCUCGCCCCUCGCCCUGUUUUCUGGGGCCUCGGCGGGGUCGCUCUCGCCGGCGCUGGCGGCCGAGUGGCGACGGCUCUUCGCCUCUCUGCGGCUUUCCGCCUGCACAUUCUGGCUCUUGACUGUACAAACCGAGAUGGAGAUCGCGGAGGCGAAUCGGCGGUUUCGAAAGACUGUCGAAGUCUGGCAGCUGCAGCGCGAGGUGCUGGACGUGCAGGACCGGCUGUACAAACACCAGGAGGAGGCGCCACGGGGCGCCAGCUCCUCAGUCGCGCGACAUGCCUGGAAGGUCAAGCGUCGCGCGUUGUUUCACUCUUACGCUCAGAUCGCACAAAAGUACCGAGAGGCUCUGUCGGAGCAGCAGCGAAUCUUCGACGUCACAGCUGACGCGUUCUCCCAAGUCACGGCGUCGCAGCUCUUCGACGCGAAUGAAAUCCUCCCGAACUUCUUCGCGCGAACCGGAAACUCUCAACUCACUCUUCGCAACCUUGGCUUUCCCCGCUGCUGCUGCACAGAUGCCGCAGCCGCCGUCGCCGCCGCCGGCGCCCUCCGCGGCUUCCGGCGGCUCCCCGGGUGUACGCACACCUGCGGGUGUCGCGUCUGCGUCUUCGGCCUCGCGGGGCGCGUCGGUCUGACUCCAGAGGCUCGUGAGACGACUGGAGAGGGCGACGCGUCGGAGGGGUCUUCCUUCCCGGCGUAUGCCUAUGGCGGGGACUCCGGGGCCGCGGACUCCCUACCGACGCCGCGGGUCUCGAACUGCAAAGGAGUGGAGACGGGGACCGGUGUAUUUGAUUCUGCCUUCGUAGAGGCCGGCCCUGGCCGUGCGAGCCUCGCCUCGACGGCUCCACUGGCUGUCUCUGCAGACACUCCAGGAACGCAAGAGGCGGAGAAAGCGAGCGAGUCUGGCGCCGAAAAGACUGGCGCCGACCCCACACUCGGGCCCGAAUCUCUUCACCGGAGUCCCCUGCCUUUCAGGGACUCGGCAGGCGUUUCGAGACCCUCGAGUUCAGUCGAUCUGCCUGGUGGCUCGUCCUCUGCCUUCUGUCCAGAAGCCCCGAAAGCCGGCGAGCUACGGCAUGCGGAGCCGGUGUCGCGGCCUCCGGUGGAGUCGGACGAAAACGCGUACUCUGACGGCAACGCUCGAGUGCUCCCUUUCUCGGCGAAGCCUCUCGAGGCCGGCAAGGACGCCGCGGCUCUCGCCGGCCCGCGCUCGGGCUCUCCCCCAGAAGAUUCCGUAGUGGCGGCGCCGUUGACGGGGGGCCAGCGCGCGCAUGCGCUUUCUGGUGGAACGCAUGGAGGUUCUUUGCGCGCGGACCUCGAUGACGAAUUCGAGUUCGACGACGCGGACCUGGAAGAUGCUCACCACGCGCUGCACCCUGGGGCUCGCGCGCCCGCCGAGGCCGCGCCGGCCGCGACCGCAGGUGUCUCCGAAGGUGCUGCCGGGCCCGGCGGGGCCGCGGAGCCCCUCGGGCGCCAUGCGGGCCCGCGGGCCUCGGGCUCCAGGGACUUGCCCGCCGGGGGCGCCGGCGCGUCCCCAGGCGCCCCAGGAGGUGCGCAGGGCCCGAACGCGGGGACGCAGAGUGUCUCCGGAGUCUCUGCAUUCCCCGAGGACGAGGGCCCCACGGAGGGGAAGGUUCUCGCGCGCCCCGUGGUCCUGAGGGAGCCGCUGUGGGGCGAGGUCGAGGGAACUCUCGAGUGCGACAUGACGCGCAUGCAUCGUCUGCUGCACUGGAAGAAAAGAGACACGGAGACUCUCGCGGUCGCGGCGGCUGCUGCAGCGCGCAGCGCGGCUGAGAAGGCCGGUUCCCUCCUGAUUUCAGACAGCGGCGUCGAGGAGGGCCUCGCGGCGCUGUCGAGUGCCGCGACAGCUGCGGCUCUGGCUGUCGAGGAAGAAGAAACCGCUCUCGCGACUGAACGAACGGAGCUGCUAAAACAGGCAGAAGGCAAUCUUGAACGAGCUGUACGCUGCCUAAAAGGCCCCUGGAGCCCCACCGGAAACAGCUUGGGAUCCGCUUCGUCGACCUUCGACGUUCCUCUGCGCUACCAGCAGCAGUCUAUGCGUUUUCUCUUCCUUUUUCUUUCGGCUUCGUAUCUCCUGCCCUCGUCAAGUUCUUCGAGAGGUGAAGUGUCAAACUCUCCCUCCGUUUCUCCGGCCGUUGGAGAGCCUCCCUCCGUAGCGCUGCCUUGGCACAGCCGCGAGCGAAGGGGCUUUCUGUCUCCCUUCGUCGAUGAGAAGGAAAUGCGGAGCUCGCAGGACGCGCUGCUCUCGUGCGUCUUCUUCGACCUGAACGACGAUCUGCUCUUUCGCCUCAAUGAGGAAGUCCCUGAAAAAACAAAUCAGGAGGAAGACGAGGUCAGUGAGCACGGUGUGACCCUCGCCGUUUCUGGCGGCGCGUCGGGUGGACCUCCAGAGACUCCCGGAGACAGUUCGUCUGCGAUGGCGGCCAUUGGGGCCUUCUACGACGCAGAGGGCGCGCUGGCAGGUGUCUCGCGGACUGCGGCCCUUCGUCUGCGAAGAAAGGCCAAGCAGGAGGUCUUAAAACUCGACAAACAGAAGCGAAUCGAACUGGUGAAGCAAGGCAAAAGCGCGCUCGAACUCCACGCCAUGGCUGCCGCCGAACAAGAGACGCGGUCGUCCAAGGCCCGCAGUCCUCUCCAAGAGUUCGUCGUGACUCUGGGGGAAUUCUCCUUGAAGGAGAAGCUGGGGAGUUUGCUGCAGAGACUCAACACUUCCUUCGACGCGUUUCAGGCAGACCGGCGGCUUCACUGCAGAGGCAAAGAGCAAGGCUUGAGAGGAGGAAUUCCUCUGAUCCACACCAAGAUCGCUUUUCAGCUGCAGGGAACGCAUCCUGUGGCGGGGCGCCGCGGGCGGCUGGCGAUGCUGCGUUUCCACCGGCCCGAUUUUCGCGCAGGACUCGUUUCUUCGAGAACGUUCUUCGAUGGAUCUGCGGCUUCGAGUUGCACUCGGGAAGAUCGAAGGCGAAAAGCCGCAGUGCAAAGUGUCGAGCAGAGCCCCUGGGUGAUCCUACCGCCGGAGCCGAGCGCGGUGAUGAAUCGCUUGCGCGAGGAGCUGUGUCGAGGCGCGCCUGAAGGCGAAGCCUCGUUUCCGCGUCUGGAGGAAGAGUCUUCUGCCGGGUCGCGGGAGACCGGACCUCAACGCGAACAAGCAGCAGAGAGAGGCCCAGGGACGACAGGCGCGCUGCGCCUCGACGGCGAGGGAUCGGGCGAGACGAUUCACUUGGCAAACCUCUUCUACACCCCACAAGACCUCUCGCUGCGAGACGACGCCCCCAUCGCCGUGCUAGAGUACAUGGAGCAACAGCCGCUGCUGAUGCACAAUCCAGGAAUGGCGAUAAGAAUCGUCCGCCACUUCGUCCCCCACAACGCACCCAACAGCGAACUCUCUCGAGCAGAUCAACUGGUGCACGCAGAGCGACAAGUGAAGGGGCGUCUCGGGCCGUUUGGAGAAUUGCAGCUGCAGCAAGACGAUGCGAAACUCACUCUGUUCGGCACUCGCUUGCCGCUGGCGAGGGGCCAGGGCCAGGCCGUUGCAGAGAGUCCGUUGCUGAAGGCUCCAGUGUACGUACACCCGACGGCACCCAACGCUCCUGUGAAGCGCGACAGUCGCUUCCACGACUAUCGAGACACAGACUUCAUUCUUGUCCGGACGCGGGCGAAAGAUCGCUGCAAGGUCUACCUCCGCCCUCUCCUGUAUCCACCCCCAGAGAAGAACUCCGCGCGCGAAGGCUUCUCUUUUUACCGCUCGGGAGGCAGUCUGGAGAGUCUCUCCGUCCUUGGGAGUCCGGCCAACUGCGGAGUGUACACAGUCGGCCAGUGCGAGCCGCGCAUGGAAGUUCAUGCGCCGAACUCGAAGAAGCAUGUGGAGGACCGGAAACUGCAUGCAAAGGCCUGGGCGCUGAGAUUCGCUGCAGAGAAGAACGUGACGGACAUGAAGCGCGUCAAGGACUUAGUGAAGCAGCGUUUUUGCCCACCUGUGGUCGAAAAGGAAGUGACUCAGAUGCUCAAGUUGCUUUCGCCGAUCGCGCCGCACCGCCUGCCGCGGCUGGACGACGCGGCGCUGCGGUCGAUCAUUCGUCCGGAGUUGAUUUGUUGUCUGGAAGCUGCGCAUGCUGCUCUGUUUCGUUUGAAGGCGAUCGGCAUCAUGACGCUGACGUCGGCGGACGGUCUCGCGGGCGUUGCACAGUUUAUCGAGAAGGAGGAGAGACACGCGCAAGAGAAGGUGCUGGCGGCGAAGAAGCGUCUGAAGGAAAUCGAGAUGAAGUUUCGACAGCAGGCGGAGGCGCGCCUGCCUGCGGCGGGAGGCAAGGACGCAGAUCUUCGCGCCCAGAGUUUGGAGGCGGCGAACGCGGCUUGCCAGCGCGCGCAUGCCGCGCUCUCGAGUGUCUGUACAGCGUACGCGGAGAGCCGCAUCGGGAAGCGGUACGGUCACUUGGUGCGUUUCAUCGAGGAGCUGCUGCUUUUGACGCCUUGGAACCUCACCAAGGAGUGCAAGGAUGUGUUGACGAACAAGGGGAGUGCACAGUUCAUGCUGUCAGGUUUCGGAGACCCGUCGGGGGGGCGCGGGGAAGGAAUUUCGCUGAUCAAACGUUUGAACCGCGAGCGCGCUGGCCUCUCCUUUCUCUCGGGCGCGUCGCGGAACUUUGGUUUUUCGCGGGACGGCGCGCGCUCGCUCGCGGGGGCCUUCGGCCCAGGGGGGAUCUUCCUGGGCGCUCACCUCGGAGCUGCGGCGGGAGGCGGAGUCGCGGGGACAGGGGAGGAUCUGCGGAAGCUGUCGAUGCAGGAGCUGCGGCGGCGACUGGUCCAGUACGGCUUGUCCGAGUCGGUGAUUCGUACGCUGCCCCGGUGGGAUCAAGUCGCGCUCGUCAGGCAGUACCGCGACGGCUUCGGCAACGCAGACUUUGAGAACGAGGAAGAGGGGAAGAAGGCGAAAGGCGGACUCGUGAAGACCGGCCGUCUCCGCGGCGAAGAGUAUGAAGAGAGACUCACAGACAUUCUCCAGAGACAGAAGAAGGCCUUGGAGGCCGACGCGCCGGCAAUCACGGACACCGAGGACGAGGGUGAAGAAGACGCUGCGCGCGAGAACGCCGCAGACGUCGACCUGCUCGAGGAACAGAAGGCCAAGAAGGGGAAGAAGGUGACAAAAGACGAGGAACGACACAAGGCACACGCUAAGAAAGUCGGAACUGCCUCCCCCGGAAACCUCGCAAACGGAGACCCAAACCACGGACAAGACAAAGGAGUUGAGGACGCCCUUCUCGCUGCUCUGGAUGGAGAAGAAGAAGAAAAAGAGGCCGAUGAAGACGAACUGGAACGACGGGAGCUUCAGGCGCUCCGACAGCGGCAGGAGGCGCGCGCAGCGAAGCCACUGACAGCUGAGGAGCAGCAGCGCGCCGACAUGAAAGUGCAAGCCGUUCCUUGCCUUCGAUGGAUUCGCCGCUUUCGCCAGCAGGCGGGGGAGCCCUUUGCCACAGAGCGAGUCGUCCUGAUUUACGGAGAAAAGAAUAUCAGAAACUUCAUUCAGUGGCGGACGAAGCGCCUGGAAGACACCCGAGCGAGGAUGCUUGCGUCGACGAGGAGCAAAGAGGCUUUGGCCGGAAAGCGCGUCUGUCGAGCCUGUGGGCAGCCAGGUCACAUUGCAUCGAACGUGAACUGUCCGCUGUACAGUGGGCCGAAGCGUCCUGCGGCGGCGCUGACGCCUCCGCCGCCAGUGAAGAAGCGCAGAAAAGAGAACCUGCAGCUGGAAGAAGACUUGUUGAUGGGUCUUUGCCCUGAGGGAGAGAACGAGAGCGAAGUGAACGCGUUCGGUCUGUCGCAGACGUCUGGCACGCCUGGGCGACAACGCGCGGGUGGCGCAGCUUCUUCGGGAGGGCGAGGGAGGUCCGCGCGCGGGGCGGUUUGGGAGGAAGAGGACGAGUUCGGGGACGCAGCUUCUUCUCUCGUUUCUUACUCGAGAAGGCGCGCUGGAACUCGAAGUGCAGGCAGCAUUGCGGACGGGCACACGCAGUUUUUCGGUGGAAAAGCUGGCGAAGCUGGUGGGCGGAAGAAGGCGAGUCGCAGGCGCGGCGCGGGAGGCGGAGGCGGCGGCAGAGGCCGGGAGAGCCUGGAAGAAGAAGAAGAGAGGACGCAAGACGAAGAAGACGAAGAAGAAGAGAGGUGGACGCCGGAACGGAACCGCCGCAGUGCCAUCGACGAACUCAACAUUGCUCUCGCAAGGAUCGUCAACGUCGUUCUCCAGCAACAGAUCUUCAAGCCCUUCUGGCAGAGGGUGGACGAACGAUACGCGCCGAACUACUACCGAGUGAUCGCGAAUCCGAUGUGGCUGCAAAAGAUCGCGAGCAAGUGCAAGCAGCGGGAGUAUGUGUCGGGAGAGCAGUUUCUCGCCGAUGUCCGCUUAGUGGUGACGAACUGUUUCCUGUUCAAUCCUCCAAACUCUCCGAGUGCCUGGCUCCGAGAGCGAGCAACGAAUCUGGAGGAAACCGUGCGGCAGAAAUUCGAGGAACAGAGGGCGACGGUCGCGGAGUGCGAAGCCGUCAUUAUGAGUCACGGCGUCGGGAUCACUGGAAUGGCCGCCGACGGGGUGGCGGCUCACAUGGGCUACCCGAUGAUGUGAAACACGGGGGACGCUGCGAAAAUCGGUACAUUUCGACCGAACGCGUCUGUCUGAUGGUCUAAAGCGUUUCUGCCGCGCGAAAAAAAACGAGUGGCAAGAGGUUUUCACGGCCAAGAAAAACGUUUGGUGUUUUGGGGGUGGCAGGGUGAAAGAGGGUUCGAGAGCGGCACAAGAGGAACGGUGUAAAUAAAGGGUAAGGCAAGCGAAAGGAGAAACUCUUGUCUCACGUUGCAACUGGAGAGCGGACGAAAGGAACGAGACGUGCUGUGUAAGUAUCGAAGUUCUGGAAGGAAAAGGAACUUUUGCCCUGGGAACAUAUCUCACACUGUCCAACUUCUGCGGGCUCGACGGGACCCUCUUGAACUGUCAAAGUCGACAGUCCUCGAGCACCAUACGUUCUCAAGUUCCAGAAAUUGUCAUACAGGUGGAGAGAGACACAAACGGAAUUUCGUGCGAAUCGGUUUUCUUCUUUCCUGAACCUAAGCGCCUCUGAAUGGCUGCUGAAAAAUGUGGCAAAAAAAGUGAUUUUUCUUCUAAGCAGCGCCACGCUAGUGGACCGCUACACAGCUUGAUUUUCAAGGCGUAUCUAACUGCCGAAGCAGAGACAAAUCUUUUCCCUGUGAACGGGACAGCCGCGUUCUGUCGCUGUGAGGGGGAAGAUCCUCUUUGGCCGGAAGAGGAGUCAGGCGCAGCCACAACAGGCACUCCUCCACAUUGAUGGUCUGCUGAAUUAGUGAAGUGUCAUUGCCACUGACAGUAGAGAGGUGCACUCCGCAAGUCGGCCGUUAGUCGAAAAAGGAACUUUCUCGGAGUGUCAUGGCUUUUUAACUCUCAAGCAGGUGUGAAGAGUACGUCUGCGUGGGCGUGGGUGACUCAGAGGGGAAACCGGCGUUUGCCCUUUUUCAGAGACUGGAAAUAAAUGAUGGCGAGACCUAUCUUCCUCGUGCAACAGGAGUUGCACUCAUUGUAUCUCGGAGACAGGCGAAUUGCAGGCGUUUUUCAUUCGACGCUUUUGUGUUCGGCUGGAACUUGUGUCUGAAACUGCCAACAUGCUGGAAGAAGCAGCGUGUACCGACCGAUCUAUCAGCUG